AGUGGCAUGUUCGUUGUCUUUGCCGUCGCUACUUCUUAUUGAUCCUCCGAGAUUGACAUUGCGAUUGCUAAGAGACACAAAGCUCAGAUACGCUCAAUUGAUUCAUCUGCAAUAUGUCGACGUGGGGUGACUAUUUCCGGGUGACAACCUACGGCGAGUCCCACUGCCGCUCAGUGGGCUGCAUUGUCGAUGGAUGUCCUCCCGGCAUGGCCCUAACAGAGGACGAUAUCCAACCUCAAAUGACCCGACGACGUCCCGGACAGAGCGCGCUUACCACACCCCGCAACGAAAAGGACAGAGUAGAGAUUCAAUCCGGCACUGAAUGCGGUUAUACCCUCGGCACACCGAUUGCGAUGAUUGUGCGCAAUGAGGAUCAGAGACCCAAGGAUUACGGCGGAAGUACAAUGGAUCUCUACCCUCGCCCAAGUCACGCGGAUUAUACCUACCUUGAGAAAUAUGGAGUCAAAGCCAGCAGCGGUGGAGGUCGCAGCAGUGCGCGUGAGACAAUUGGACGAGUUGCCGCGGGUGCGAUUGCGGAAAAGUAUCUAAAGCUAGCUCACAACGUCGAGAUCGUCUCAUUCGUCUCCUCAGUCGGAAACGAGCAUCUUUUCCCUCCUUCAGCCGAGCACCCGUCUUACUCCACGAAUCCUGAAUUCUUGAAAUUGAUUGAGACAAUCGACCGUGAAACGGUAGAUAAGUUCGCACCUGUUCGAUGCCCCAGUACAGAGGCGUCCGAACGCAUGACCAAGGUCAUUGAGACUUUCCGCGACAACCACGACAGUAUCGGAGGGACAGUUAUGUGCGUGAUCAGGAAUGUCCCCAUUGGCCUCGGUGAACCUGCUUUCGACAAGCUAGAGGCCAAACUCGGCCACGCUAUGAUGAGCAUACCUGCUACGAAGGGUUUCGAGAUCGGCUCUGGUUUCGGCGGCUGCGAAGUCCCCGGAUCAAUUCACAAUGACCCCUUUGUGGCCGCACCCGAGGUAUCCGAGAACAAACCCGGCGCCGGAAUUGCUAAUAAGUCAAGACUGACUACAAGCUCAAAUAACUCGGGCGGUAUCCAAGGCGGAAUCUCUAACGGAGCCACGAUCUACUUCCGCACUGCUUUCAAGCCCCCCGCAACAAUCGGUCAGGCCCAGACUACGACAACAUAUGCCCUUGAAGAGGGUAUUCUAGAGGCUAAAGGUCGUCAUGAUCCGUGCGUUGUGCCAAGAGCUGUGCCGAUUGUGGAAGCCAUGGCUGCUCUUGUGGUUAUGGAUGCGUUGUUGGCACAAAAGGCGCGAGAAGCGUCGAGGAGUCUGUUGCCGCCGUUGCCAAAAGGUCUUCCUAUAAAGCCGGAGACGUCGAAAUAGUUAAUUAGAGUGUUAUAUAGAUCUCGUUAAUCAAUGUUUCGAUUCAAUUCCUC